AAAGUUGGUCAUGUUCAAACGCAAUGGUGGCGCCCAUGAAACGAGUCAUGUGUUGUUUACUGUGCUGAGGCGUUAUUAAAACGCACUCGCUGGUGGGAGAAAGACGAAUUAAUAUCAUUCGCCACCGCUGCGUUCAGUAGAUCAUCAUGGCUACUCCGGGCAAGGCGAGCAAGAAGGAAGCGAAAAGGCAAACCCCAGCAAAAUCUUCCCUUAACACACCUUUCAAAAACCAUUGGCAACCACUUUCCAACACGAAUUGGCAUUCCAUUAAAAGGCAUAUCAGAUGUAAACUGGAAUCAAUGGAGUUUAAGAAAGUAGAAACAAAGGGUUUUUACAAGUUUAAAGAACGGAAAAACCAGACACCAUCUGUAUCCCCAGAGUGCGUUGCGCCAGAAAGCAACGACUCGAACGUGCUGAACGCUCCCAAGACCGGGUGGACCGACAUGUCUGCCAGAAGACAGCUUGCAAUUGGCAUCAAUGAGGUGACAAAGGCCUUGGAAAGGAACCAGCUCAGGUUGGUGCUUGUGUGCAAGUCGGCCAAACCAAAACACAUGACCGACUACUUGAUUCCACUGAGCAUAUCAAGAGAGGUCCCGGCCUGCCAGGUGGUAGCGCUCAGUCAUAUUCUUUCUGAGCCGCUGCGAUUAAAAAGUGUUCUUGCGCUGGGUUUCCGUCACUGUAAGAUAAAAGAAGAGGACCACUUUUUGGAUCUUGUUACCGCCAUCAUCCCCAUGGUGCCACCGCUACGUGUUGCCUGGCUACAAGACAAGGGUUUCCCUAUUGGGACUGAUGAACUGUUGGACAGUGACAAGAGGGGCCAAAAGCGUAAACUGGAGGACGAGAUCACUGAAUGCGACAUCACACAAACUGAGGUAUCAGAAGCUGUGUCUGGCACACUUCAACCCCUGUGUGUAAAAAAGGUUAUUCCUAACCCAAAUAAAAAGAGGAAAAAGAAAAUCAAAAAGUAGAAAUUUCCCUAGAUUAGUUAAUCAGUAAUCUCUUGAACGUUGACUUUUUUUUUUUCUUGGAUGGAUUGAAAUGUUUGGCUUUGACAUAAUAAAACGGCAGCAUAUGCAAAUCUUUUUAAAGUCAAGUUUAUUUAAUCGAAUAUCCAUGCUGUUUGAACAGACUAGUCUUUGCCGAAGAGUAAGCUUUCUUUGCAUGGGGCCAUGUCUAAAUUAUGCUGGUACAAGCUUUGAGUUUCACAAACCUUAGUGGCUUUGAAUAAAAAUAUUGUUCUUCAUUGAUAACGCUUUUACCACAAGAAACUUUUCCAAAUAAGGCAGUUAGUCAAGUUGUCAGUUCGACUAAAAAUAAUACAGAAUUGUAAAACAGACGUGCUUGUAAUUCAUACAAACUUCUGUGGGAGUGACAUCCAUGACCAAA